GGUAUAAAAUCCAUGCAGAAUUUGGCGAAGAAGCUGUUGAAGCUCCUCUUUGACUACAGGGUGGAGAUGAAACCCUUGUUCUUCCAUGUCUUCAGCAAUGGAGGUGCCAUGUUCUAUCGUUAUAUUGUGGACCUGCUCCAUACUCAGCAGGAGUUCCAGCAGCUGAAGGUGGUGGGUACUGUCUUCGACAGUGCUCCUGGCCGGAAGAACUUGAGUGGUGCACUUCGUGCCAUGUCAAUUGUCUUGGCAUCGUACAAUGUAUGUGUUAAGUAUUCUCUUCUACUGACAUUUGCAGUCCUUGCAGUGACAUUCCGGAUUGUGCUGUAUCCUUUUUCUCGCUUUGUACACGAGACCCACUAUGAUGCCAUGUUGAAGCAACCCUCUGAAUGGCCUGAGCUCUACCUCUAUUCUAAGGCUGAUCCUGUUAUUCUAGCAAGUGAUGUGGAGAACAUGGUGAAGGCUCGGCGGCAACGUCAAGUUGUUGUUAAGACUGUGGACUUCAUAGACUCAAAUCAUGUCAGCCAUCUGAGGGCAUAUCCCACCUCAUAUGUGACUCAUUGCACCUCUUUCAUGUACAGUUGCAUUGGAAGCACUUAGGCACACCAGGGUAUCUGCUAGAGAAGAGUAUGCAGAAGUGUCUCUUCUCUCUCAAUAAUGUAUUUAUACAAAGCAUUUGUGACUACUACUGCUGCUCAUGGUGGAGGUUGGAGUAUUUCUGAGAAAUUGAAUAUCUGAAAUUAUUACAUUGCUCAGAAUUAGAGAGUGGGACUGCAAGAAGCCCAAAUUGAUACAUCUUAUAAUAAAUAUUUCCCUUUGGCUGUGCUUGUUGGCAAGGGGUGGCUAAAGUGUGGCCUGCAGGCUUCAUAUGUCCCCCUAGGACUCCCAAGGUGUCACAACAUAUUAUUUGCUCCAGAAUGUCCCCAAAUGCAUUCUGGGGGUGCAGAGGGCAUUCCACCACAUUUGGGGGCCCCUUAGGAGUCAACAAAUCUUACAAUUGUUUAAAAACUUUUUUUGUCUUGAAAUGCUCCAGAAUGUCCACUGGUAGUAUAGGAUGCAUUUUCAUCACCUUUUAUGGGCCCUCUUGGCCAAUUUAGGCCCAAGAGUGGCUUUUUGUGAAACCCCAAAAUAGUGAAAAUGCCCCCAUACCAUGUAGAGGUAUUUAGGGUCAAAAUAUUGUGGGGUUUUUAAAUUCGUUGGAACAGGUGUGACCCUCCAAGGUCCCUUAGGAAGCUAAUGUGGCUCCUGGCCUUCCACACUUGCCCACCCUGCUAUAUAAGCUUUAGAAAAUGCUUUUUUAUUUGCUGUCCUUGCUCAAGUGUCUGAGUGAAGAAAAGUUAAACUCUGUGACCUAUAUAAAUGCAUAUAUAUUUACAUGUGUUUGCUUGAUUUGUAUAAUGUUAUUCUGUAGACUCCGAAUAACAUGGUGGUAACUAUACCAAGCACUGAAAUUACCCUUUCAAAUGAAAUAUUAUUUAGCUUUUUGUCUGAUCACUGAAAUUUUAACAGGCAUAGGCUCUUGAGUUUACUUGUGCCUCAUAAUAUGUUCUCUGUGUUCGUUCUGUAUAUGCAAAGUUACAGUGUUAUAUACAGAUCUACCUAUAUUUCCAUGAGAGGAUCAUGCUGUCUCCUGUCCUUCUUUGUACCUAAAAGUUGUAUCUGUGUGUUCCUUAUUUCUCUGGAUUUUCCCUUGUUCUGUUUUACAGCAUUAUCCAUUGUAUGGCUCCUGUCUUGGCUGUUCUCCUUCUCUGACACAUCUUCAUAGAAUUGCCCCUUUGGGAGGAUGACCUUUUAGCUGAGGACAGUCAGGCCAUGAUCUACCACACAGAAUAAAGAUGAGGAAUCUCCUCAAGUUAGUUUUAAUAAUAAUAAUAAUAUGUUUUAUUUGUAUACCGCUUUUCCUAUGAUCAA